UCCGAUUCUGAUAAACCACCGGCAAAAAUGAAAAAGACAGCUGGCGUGCCUGUAAAGAAAAAACGAAAUAGAAAUGAAGUUGUUAUGGAUCUGAAAGACAUGGUCGUGCAAAAACGUAUGGCCAGUCUAAAUGCCACAGCUAUCUUGGCCGCUAGUUAUGAAAAACGGUCGCCUAAAUCUAAUAAAGAUGAAACAACGUCGGACUCCUGCAGUGAUGAAUCUUUUUCUCAAAAGCCAAAAAACGUAGCAGCUUCCGGCGUUAAGUCGGAAUCAAAAAACGAAGAAACUAAAAAAGAAGUGGAUGAUGCCGCGUCGGCGGAUCGAAAGCAGAAAAUGGAAUUUAUAGUCAAUCAAGAUACUGAUGUAACGAUAACCGGUGUUUAUUCUACACACCAUCACGAGGGAUUCUGUACUGUGUCGGGUAUGCAGUAUCGUAUAUCUUCUACAAGCCACACGCAGACUACGGCGACAGCUAAUUGUGAGAAGGAUGGUUGUCCGAGGGAGGACGGGGCGCGGUAUACUCCACUCUCGGCGCUGUCUUCUAUGCAGCCGCCUGCUGAACACACUCAUAAUCAUCCUCAUCCAGUUCCGGAGCUGGGCGGGCUGGCGCGCCGCGCGGGUGUUCCAGCGCGUUCUCAGCACCAUCGCCGGCGGCGCAUCACGAACCAGGUAAUCCCAUAUUGCAUGUUAAAGCCGGCCGGGUAAGUAAUUAUUGUUAUUGAAGGUUAAAUAAUCUUAUGAUAUCAUUUUAGAAUUCAAUAAACCGCCUUUAGUAUAAACACUAAAUAUAGCAGAAAUACAGAAGAAUGCCAGGUACAAUAUAAAUGUAGAUAAGUCAGCUCACGAUGCAAAUAUCUUCAGACAGGAAAAUAUAUAUAGAGCUAUAAACAAUCUUAAGCAACUUUUUUAUUAGUUUACGCGAUAAAUGGAUUCUUGAAGUAGUUUCCUGACACGCUAUAUUUUUAUGCCGUAUAUUUAAAAAAAUGUUUAGUUCUUUAAUAGUAAGUGAUCACGAUUGCUUAAAACUCUUUACACUUGAUGAAUAGAUGCUUCCUUCACGACUUUUAAGGUUAGUAAUAUAACGUCAUGGAGAAUAAUGUGUUUUAGCAAUUCGAUUCCACAGAAUGUAAAAGCAAAACUAGAGUUUUGAAGUUAAAGCGUUACGAUCCAUUUUAUGCUUGUGCAAUUAAUACUGCCAACAAAAAAGUUACAGAGCGCUUCUGCCUCUUUCUUCCUUCGUAGUACCUGAGUCAUGUUUAAAACUGUAAGUAACAAGCCAAUAUUUAUCGUUACUUGUUCAUAAAUAAACUCGUAUUUUAAACUUUAAUACAGUAUAGCUCAGUAACAAUAAAUAAUAGGGUAGAUGCUGAAAGUUAUACCUGUUUUUAUUUUAAUCUGUAAGAACAAAAAUAUAUCGGUCCACGAGUAACAUGACAUUUCACAAGCAUUUAUUUGCAAAGCGAUAUAAUCUAUACCUGAAGCAGACGUCACCCUAAUCGCCACUUAAGCAUCGCUUAAAUAACACAAUGGGCGAGUCCGCAGCGAGACUUGAAUAAGGACCAAACCGAUGCUAUCACACGUCAAGGCAAAUUAUCGUUGUAGACGUACCGUUGAGUGGUUCGUAAGACCCACUACACUUAUAUUAGGGCAAUAUCAGUGAUCUCGGUCAUGCAAAACGACCUUUGAGAUACGAGACUUCUUGAGAUUGUGGAAAAACAACCCCUAUAUAUCCUGUUAAUAUAGUAUCGAAGCCGGCAUUCACAAGCGAGUAUCGGGCGGUCGACUCGGGUCUUUACUUCGCAUUUUCACAUCGUUAUUGCGCGUCAAAACUCUUUAGGACAUAACUUUGCGGCGUGUUUUACUUACAAGACUUCCAUGUACGUCUUUAUGUUGUCAAGAUUUUUUCUAUAAUAAUUUUAUUACGUUCUUAAUGUUUUAUAGAAAAAUAUAUACUUUACAA